AUGCGUGGCGAGGACGACAGCCCCGUGGCGAGGCAUAAGAAUGCGGCACCGACAGCUACGGUCAAGAACGGCACGUACGCCGGCGCGUACAACGCCAGGUAUGGGCAGGAUUUUUUCCUCGGGAUGCCAUAUGCGCAGAAACCCGCCCGCUUUACGGUUGCCGAAUCUCUCAAUUCAACGUGGGAGGGUGUCCGCAAUGCAGCUGCGUACCCGCGCCACUGUAUGGGCUUCGGUCCCGACAUGGUGGGGUACGAGAUGUCUGAGGACUGUCUGUACAUCAACGUGAUCCGCCCAGCCGGUGUCGACCCAGCGGCCCAGUUGCCCGUGGCCGUUUGGAUUCAUGGUGGCGGGCUAACCAUGGGAGGCUCUGCGGACAGGAGGUAUAACCUCUCAUUCAUCGUCCAGAACAGUGUUGAACUGGGUACCCCGAUUAUUGCCGUGAGCUUCAACUAUCGCAUGGCGGCCUUUGGCUUCUUAUCUGGCCCCGAAGUGCAAGCCGCGGGUGCAACCAACCUCGGUUUUCGGGACCAGAGGCAUGCGCUGCGAUGGAUACAAGAAAAUAUUGCUGGUUUUGGGGGUUCCCCUGACAAGGUUACUCUUUGGGGCGAAAGCGCUGGCGCAAUAAGCGUUAAUGCUCAGUUGUUUGCUUACAAUGGUCGCGACGAUGGCCUCUUCCGCGCUGCCGUGGCCCAAUCUGGCUUCGGUGGUGUCCUCCACUACUACCCGAGUGGCCUUAACAACACCGCCAUCCCGCAAGCCACUUAUAGCAGACUCGUGUCUGCAACCGCAUGCGCUCCUACGCUUGGGACGCCGGCCUCGCUUGAAUGUCUCCGCUCGCUCCCCCUCCCGGACCUGAUGGCGGUCUUGCGUAAUACCUCUCUGAACGUCGCGAUUUGGGUGCCCGCUAUGGAUGGCGAUUUCAUCGCCGACUUCCCGUCGCGCCAGGUUCGUGAGGGCAAAUUUCCCCGCGUUCCGAUCCUUGCUGGCCAGAAUACGGAUGAAGGCGCGACUUUUGGCCAGAACAGAAGCGCAAGCAGAGGGGGAAUCAACACCGACGAUGAACUAAAGGAAUCGAUAACCAGGGUGAUCCUGGGGCCGAACCCCGAUCUGCCUGCCCUUUUAAGGGAUUUGCUUUACCUUUAUCCCGAUAUUCAAGCCGUGGGAAUUCCGUCGCUGGAAAAGUUCCCGGUCCUGACGCCUGAGGUCCGCGAAGUUACGUUCUUGGGUUUGCAGUACCGACGAACCGCUGCGCUCUAUGGUGACUGGAUGCAAGCUUACCAGCGUCGGAGAGGCCUUAUCGAAUGGUCGAAUCAUGGCGUUCCGGCGUACAGCUACCGGUUUGACGUGACGACGGCGGGUGUUCCAGGAUAUAUUUCUGCUGCCCACUUCCAGGAGCUUACCUUCGUGUUCUACAACCUCGACGGGGUAGGCUAUACACGCAACCCCUUCGAAAAUGCCCUCAAUUCACACAAGGCCUUGGCAAAGACCAUGUCGAACACCUGGGUGCGGUUUUUCGUCGAAAUGGACCCUACUGUAGGGAGUUCGUCAGGGCCACGCAAUGCACGCCCCGUACAGUGGCCGGUAUAUGAUGCCAAGUCCGGCGGCGGUGUAGGAAAGAAUAUCGUCUGGGCCGCGGAGGGUGUGUCGUAUGAAUGGGAUAGUUGGCGGGCUGAAGGAAUCAACUGGAUGAUACAGAAUUCGCUUUCGGCAUUGGGGAGCUAG